AUGAAAAGUUUAUACUUGUUCGUUUUAUUCAACUGUUUACAGAAUAUUAUGUUCAUCACUUGUAAUCAGCUAAAUAAAACAUUUGUUCUACCAUUACGCUCGACUAUUUACUAUAAAGCUGUUGAAUAUUUAACAAAUAGCACAUACUCAAAUGAAGUGAAAGUUAAAUUUUUACCAUUAACAUAUGCAUCUUAUUAUACACAUAUGUAUAUGGCAUUUAAAGACGCCGAUAAAAGUAUUUCCACUGUCAGUUUGGUUGGCAAAAGUGUUGAAAGUAAUAUCAGUGGUGUAAAUUUAGUUCUUCCAAUGAAAAAGUUAGGUGAUAUGUAUGCACCCUAUUUUAUUUCUAACGUGCUUGAUUUUGUACGUCAAUGUUAUCAACAUCAUGCCGGGAACAAGGUGGAUACCACUUAUAUUUCUAUUAUGAGAUCUGCAGAUAGUGUGGAAAUUGAUCAUGAUAUUAUUAAAUCUUCUAGUGACCACUUUGAACGUCAUACACCAUCUGGAUCUCUUUAUUUACUUUGGGAUGUGAAAUCAAAUUCCGAUAAAUUUCUUAAGUCAUUAAACUACAAAUUAUUAGCCUGUGGGAAUAACGAUAAUCAAAUUAGUUUGUGUGACUGGCGAAAGAUUGGAUUGUCAUCGACUGCUGCAAGUGACCAGUGUUUAUAUGGAUUGGAUAAUAAAAAAUAAAAUUGUCUACUUUUCCAUCAUUUCUCAACUAUAUUUAAG